CUCAUGUGUCCAAAGUUUUACCUCGGGUUAUUUUUAGGACGCCCUCUCCCACCCCCUCACCCCCCUGGUGUUUAGUUGGUCCGGUCCGAGCCAGAGGAAGGGGAGUGGUAGGCGAAAAGGGGAAAUCUUCAACAAUGACUUCAUUAACAUGAUGCCCUGAACAUGACCAGUACAACUUUACGACUCCAUUACAACGCUGGAUAUAUGACUUUUUACCGUUGGAUUUAUAUUCUUGAAAUAUCUGUAUGUGUCUGACUCUACAUCAAUUCUCGGGGGUAACAUGGAAGUGUGCUAAACGUCCCUCCAUCCAAGACUUCAGACACGAGAAGCAUGUUGAUAACAAAGAUUGAAGCCAAGGAGGCCUGUGAUUGGCUGCAAGCGGCCGGCUUCCCUCAGUAUGUGCAGUUGUUCAAAGACUGCAGAUUCCCCGUUGACAUCGAGUGGGCGAAGCGUGAUCACGACUUCCUGGAUAAGGAUGCCCUCGACUCCCUCUGCAGGAGAUUAAGCACUUUAAACAAAUGCGUGGAAAUGAGGCUGGAGUCCCGGAGAUCAAAACGCAGGGGAGACGACUGUGACGAAGGAGACUUCUGCGCCAUAAGCCCCAACUGGACCUACGACAGGCGGACGCGGCGAUGGCGGCGCCUCGACUCCACGAUGGACAUCCUUCGCUUGUCCGACAGCCCCACCGGACCCCAGGAUGUGUCUCUGUGCGAGGUCGCAGACCACCACGAUGUCUGCUCCAUCCACAGCUCCAGCAGCACUGAGAGCGAAGGCCACAAUGGACACCACAAGAGUCACGGCGAUGCCGCCGAUACCACAACCACAACCGCCUCUAUCAGCGCGACCACCAGCACCACAGACGAUCAGGAGACCAGCAGGAGCUCCUCCCGCUGCUCCUUCACCAACAAGACGCCUUCUCUGGAAGCCUCGUUUAGUGGACCCCCCUCACCUGGUGGAAGCGGUGGAGGAUCGUCCACCGUGAGUUUGGAGGCCGAGGGCUGCUUCCCAGACAAACCGCCCAGGAAGAAGGGCACCAGUCUGCUGAGGAAGAUGGAGAAACUGAGGCUGAGGGGAACGACUAGCCUCCUCGCUUCUGCUCACAGUGGCGGUGGAGACGGCGGGAGUCGGGCCCGGCACGUUGGCAGCAGGCCGGUUCAGGUCCAGGAUCAUGAGAGGAUGGAGAGGCUGCACGGCCCGUCAAGCCUGCAGGGUCGACCCAACAGCCAGGCGUCUUUCUUGCCCUUGUCUCCUCACACCAUCAGCAGCAGCAGCAGUAACAGCCACUCAGAGAGCAGCAGCACCGUCAGCACGCCCAGCCCGGUCGCCCGGGUCAGGGCCAACUGCAAACGCUCCAACAGCGGGGUCGGAGUCGUUGGUGGAAUGACCCGUAACAACCAGAACCACACAGGAACAGAGGACUACAGGAACCAGAUCAACAACAACAACAACAGCAGCAGCCGCGAGGGUCUGGUCUUCCAGAUCCCCCACGGACACAAACCAGGGACCUUCCCCACCUCUCUCGCACACAAACACACCAUCCUGUCCCCCAUCAUCGACAACACCUCAGUCAACUGGAGGACCGGUAGCUUCCACGGUUACCGCGGAAAGCGAGACCACUGUCCCUGUGGCACGUCAUCGCUGGCCACUAGUGACCAGGACCCCUCGUCGCCGUCGUCUUCUUCCUGUGACGUCGGAGUCUCCAGUUCGCUUCGUGUGCUGGAUCAUCGAAUGAGUAUCUACGACAACGUGCCCGACGACCAGCAGCUGUCUGAAAGCGAAGGUGGCAGUGGCGGAAGUGGCAGCGAUGCAGAACGGAUGGGUGAGGAGUCAGAGGUGAGUCGAUUGUUGGCAGGCGAAGACGUUUUCUCGGCUCUGGACAGCGUUCUGGAGAGGAUCGGCGACCUCCAACAACUCGUCUCCACCUGGUCCGAAAAUCUAUCUGAGGACGACAGUCAGAGAGGUUCCUCCUCCUCCUCGCCUUCCUCUCCUUUCUCCCAGGACUCGCCUGCUCACAGCUCAUCAGCCGCCUCCCCUUGCCCCUCCUCCCCCAGCCACAUCCACCUGGACGUGCAGCAUCCGGAGGAGACGGAAGAGGAGGAGGAGGAGGAGGAGGUAAAGAGCCAUGAGGAGGUAACUGUGAACGGAGAGGAGCCAAAGACCAGAUCACCACAACCCAGGAAAAGUAGAUUGAGCCAGCAGCUGCAAUGGUCCAGCGAGCAGAGCCUGCCCUCCCUGCUUACCAGUCCAGGAGUGGAGAACCAGUCUGUGUCCCAGUUCAUCCUGCUGCAGAAACACUCCCUGCUCAAACUCACCGCUCUGAUGGACAAGUACUCCCCGUCCAGCAAGCAGGGCUGGAACUGGACUGUUCCCAAGUCGCCGAGGAAGACCAAGGUGAUGGAGGUGAAAGGCCGGCGAGUUUUUGGGGUUCCUCUGCUCCUCAGCGUCCAGCAGACAGGAGAGCCGCUUCCUCCCAGCAUCCUCAGAGCACUGGUCUACCUGAGGGCUGAGUGUUUGGACCAGGUGGGUCUUUUCCGUAAGUCGGGGGUGAAGUCUCGUAUCCAGUACCUCCGCGAGCUGGUGGAGUCCGACCCAGACGGCGUUUCGUUCGACGGUCAGUCUGCCUUCGACGUGGCAGACAUGGUGAAGCAGUACUUCAGAGACCUGCCCGAACCCAUCUUCACCAGCAAACUCUGCGAGUCCUUCCUCCACAUUUACCAAUAUUUCCCCAAGGAUCAGCAGCUAGUUGCAGCUCAGGCGGCCAUCUUGCUGCUUCCUGACGAGAACAGGUUGGCGCUGCGAACGCUGCUGUUCUUCCUGCGGGACGUUGUGGCCUGCGUGGAUGAGAACCAAAUGACUCCAACCAACAUUGCAGUUUGCCUGGCUCCGUCGCUGUUCCACCUCAACACCCUGAAGAGAGACGCCAACGCAGCCAGGUCGAGUCAUAGGAAGUACAGCCUGGGCCGCCCAGACCAGCGGGACCUGAGUGAGAACCUGGCUGCCACCCAGGGCCUUGCCAACAUGAUCACCGAGGCCCAGAGACUCUUCCAGCUUCCAGAGUUUUGGCCCGGUCAACGUUCAGGUGAGGAAGGAGGUGGCCCGGUGUCCCCCGGUCAGAGGGGAGAUCAGGAGGAGCAGGAGGAGAGGAGGAGCAAGCUGCAGCUGAGCACCCAGCACCUCCUGACGGAGGCCAGAGAGAAGAGCCGAUGCUGGGAGAGCCACGCGGCGCCGGAGCACGUGGAGCUGGCCUUCAAGAAGAUGGACGACGGCUGCCCGCUGUGGAUGUGGCGCGGCUCCGCCGAGGUGGACGCCCCCCAGAAGGAGCUGCUACGCCGGCUGCUGCGAGAGCAGGAGCUGUGGGAGGGAAGCCUGCGCCACGCCGCUGUCAUCCAGACCUUAUCCAAGGACACGGAAGUCUACCGCUACCUCCUCCAGGGCCACGGCCUGGGCUUCCGGCCCCCGCAGGAGCAUCUGCUGCUCAGGACCUGGCAGGCAGACCCGUCCUCCGGCCCUCUGUACCUGUCCUCUGUGUCCACGGAGCACCCUGAGGUGCCGUCGGAGGGGGUUAGGGCUCACGUCUACUCCUGCCUCUACCUGCUGGAACCCACCGGAGCCAGGAAGACCCGACUCACACACCUCUGUCGAACAGACACCAGGGGCCGGUCGCAGGAGUGGCACAGCAAAGUGAGCGGACAUCUUCUGGCCUCCGGUCUCCUGGCGAUCAGGGACUCCUUCAGAGCAGAACACAAAGAGACCAAGAUAUGAGAUCAUCAGUGCCGAAGUUUGGAAGCUGAGGGUGAUUUACAGAUGUUGCACUGAUGUGCAGUGCUGGCAGAAAUGAGACGACGGCAUCUUGUUUUUUUCCAAAGGACUUUCUCUGAAGUUUGAAAAGUGAAACUGGUGGCCCAGAGCACAGCGGGCAGGGAAGGUGACCUACGAGGACUUCCCCUGAACCAUGUGUGUCUCUUUGGCUUCUUUUCCAGUUGCUGUAUGAGUUUGCUUUUGGUUUUGGUUAUUGUGUCAGUGACCUUGCAGAUUGCCAGCAGCACCUCUGCACUCCCUGCUGCGUCUGUAACGCUUCACACUGAAAAGUUCA